AUGUUAAAAGAUAUUUCCAUUACAUUGCCGUUGAAACGUACCACUCCAGUAAUACAACACACCAGUAGUAUACCUCCACAGUUGCAUCCUUUUCCGCAACCUGCAAUUACAAUUGUUACUCCAUGUCUCGACAGUGCCAUUAAUUCUGAUAGUCCAGCAGUGUCUGCGUAUGAAUCGAAAUUGAUUAAUGGUAAUGUUCCAAUGGAACCAAUAGUAGAGCGAGAUGACGCUAUUAGUUUUGUUAAAAGUGGACAACAGAAACCCAUCGCAAUAGGUUUAAGCGAAAUUAAGGAUCAACUCGACAGACUGGAAGAAAACAAAAACAGUGGUGGUAUGUUGAGUUGGAUUCAAAACACAGUUAAACAGUCAAAUUUUUUGUCGGAAGUCGCCAAUAAAGCCAAGAUUGGUAUGGGUUCAGUGUUAACUACACUUGAUCCUGGAAUGAAGGAUUUUUUUAAAAUCGAAAAUGCAUUAGAGGUGGUUAUUUUUAAUGAUAAUCAUCGUAUUGUAUCUGCUGUUGUUGAUGGUUUUCGUCGAGUUUUUAGUGGACUAAAUUAUCAAAUGAUUGGAACAUCAGAUAUUGAUAAAUUUAAGCCUCAGGUCGUUGGAUAUGAAUUGGCACAUAAAUACAUUGAUGAGCGGUUAUUUAACAUAUCAAAUAGUGGAUUUGUUAUUAGUGAUAUAACAAUUGUUGUAAUACAGCCUUUUCUUCAUUUUAUUAAAGGAAAAUGGUACGAUUCUUCAAUAAUCGCUGCGCAGAAAAGUGAGAUAAAACAUCAUGUAUAUACGCAGCCAGUUCCAGUGAGCGACAAAGUUAUUACAGCCUUAAAAGUUUUUCUGGUAACAGUUCAUAAAACUGAUAGUUUUUUGCCGUUUUUCAUUCUUCAUGUUGUAUAUAAUGUAAUAUUGUAUUUGCAGGCCCAUACACCACUCGAUUAUGAAUUGAAUGCUUUUACAACAACAGUGGGUAAUGGUUAUGGGGAAGUUUUUGGUGUCGAUCCUGAUGAUUGGCAAUAUAAUAUUCUUUCAUUUUCAUCGUCCGAAUUGUAUACAAUGGCCUCAACAGUUUUAGCUUCAUUAUUGAAACAAUCAUAG